GCUUCCAGAUGAAACCUAAUAGUACCAAAUUUUAAUACAUGCAGACUGACCCCAACAAGACCUAAAACCCUUUUAGAUGGCAUGAAGAUGUUGGUAAAAAUUGAGGCAGGGCCACCUCUGAGACUUUGUGGGCAUGGAGAUAUGUUGGAAUAAGACAAACAUUUAUGGAUUGUUCUUUCAUAUCAAUGUGUGGCUUCCUUUGAUGCCUUUCUCCCUUCUGCCUCUUCUUCUGUUUCUUCAAAGUUGUUCCAAGUAUUAUGGACAAAGGUGAUGAGAUAAGAAAACAGCUUCCCCCCUGACUUAAUAUCAAGGCCUAUUUUUCUAAGAUACCAUGAAAUCUGUCAAGACUUCAUACCUAAAAGCUAUGAAAAAGACAUGUCCAGGUUUUGUUUGUUUAACCAAAGAGUUUGUUUCUCUCCUAGCAACCAAUUAUUGUUUUGAAUCAUUAAGGUUACCAAAAUAGUAAUCCAGAGGAUGAGAGUCUGUGUGGCUUUGCGUCUACAUGGACCAUGCUCUUUGUGAAAGUACCAGUGAUCAAUGCUGUCUUCUCUUCUCUCCACUGGUAGAAUCCAAUGAGAGCCUUUCUAACCGAACACUACCAGAAGAGAGAAGAGAGGGCCAGUCUCCUCUUCUGCUGGUAGUAUCCAUUAGAACAGCUUCCUCUCUUCUCUCUGUUUGCUGGCUAAUCAGAAGCUAGUAGCUAUGGGGGGGGGGCUGAGUAUUUGUGUAGGAGAAAACAGGUGGGUGUGAUGCAAGAGGCUGGAUCCACACUAGAGCCACUAGAUAGGCUGAGGAAAUGCUUUCAUUUGUGGCGUUAAGAUGUGGCAGUGCCCUUUCUCAUGGCCAAGACCCUGUUAUAAUGCUUGCUGCAAAGUAAGUUUAAUUCAGCAAAUAUAUCUGGCAACAAAUAAAAGCCUGCCCUGGCUUCCUGUCGUUUCCAGUUGAGGAAUGAAUAGCCUCUUAAUUACCCCUUGAAUAUUUUCUCAGAUUGCCCCAAUGUCAGUUUCUAUUCCUGUUUUUGUUCCUCCACUUGACAUGUUUAGAGCUUUCUUGUAAUAUUUGCUAGAGAAAAUUCUGUGAGAUCACUUCCUUUGUCUGCCUUGGCAGGAAGCUGUAAUACUACAUACUUCCUUCCUGUCUAGGCAGCUCAGACACCAUUUUUGAAAGUUAUAUUUUUGUACUUUUGUAACUUAGUAGUUCUAAACCUGCCUUCAUUUUGCUGCUGUAACUGCUGCUUCAAGACCUAGACUGUGAAGCUCUUGGACAAUCAGCACAUGCAGACAAACUUCUCUCCUGGUUGUUUUUUGUUCUCCCAGACUGCAGAAUGGACAGAGCUGCAGGUUUCUGAGGAGUGGAAGACAUAAUGAUAGCUUUACAUUUUUUGAUGUUUUUCUGGUUAUGUGACUCUGUUCUUCUUCAAGAGUCUGUGCCCAAGAAAAAUGGAAGCUUCAUCCAGCCAUCCUCAGCAGUUUCCACAGGUAUAUAUAAUGGGGCCACCUCUCCCACGAAAGGUCUCCUGUAUGUAUAUACAGAUUUUCUCACUAUCCCUUCCCCUACAGAAGAAAAAUCAGCAGCACUAACAGUGGCAGCAACUGGUGUUAUCAGCUUCAUUGCCAUUCUAGUGGUGAUUGUAAUUAUCCUGGUCUGUGUGGUCAGCCUAAGAUUCAGGUGUCAUCACUGCAAAAAUGUGGAAGAUAAACAGAAACCUCAACAUCCGAUUGUAUCUUACAGCUGCUCUGAUGCUGAAGCUGCAGUUGGCAAGAAAAAUGUCAUGCUGGUCUCCAUGAAAGACUUAAACAUAAGCAACAGCCAAGGUGCUGCAAAAUGUAUUACACAUGAAAAUUGAAGAAACAUUUUUAAAAUGUGUAACUUUAUUUUUAAUCAAUGUGGGGGAAUGCUGUAAGGUAUUUGUUAUUCUCUUUGGGAUAUAAACACAUGAAGCCGCUUUGUAAA